GACAUAGGCUUAAGAGCCUGAAAUAUCAAGUCAAGUUUCUACUGCCAUAGAUUUUAAACAUCCUUGCUGAAUAUAGAGUCAAAAGGCUUUUCCGGCCCCAUUGGGAUCCAUCACCAAAGCGAAGCAUUUGCAGUGAGGAAAACUUGUGGGUGAUCCUGAUUUUAACAUUACUGAAUUCCCAUCCGAUAUGGUCAUGCUUCCUCCAAGCUUUGCCCAAAAGCUGAAGAAGGCUAUAUAUGACGACCAGACCUUUGAUCCUAGUCAUUAUGGUGGCAGGUGGAGUGGAAGCGGGUUAAUGAUCAGGGCACCAGUCUUUUAACUAUUGUCGAUGAUGAGCGAGAUGCUUUUUCUAUAACCAAUACACUGAACAGUGGACUCAUAAUUUAGUGCACAAAUAUUGAGCCCAACUCCAGGGAUGGCCUUGAACAAUGAAAUGGAUACUUUCUCCAUGAUAUACAUAUAGAUACUGCGUGUUGUGUUCACUUCUGUGCAACUACAGGAAUAGCGUUCCCUUCUUUUCCUGAUACUUCCUGACUUGAGAACCGGUGACCCAUAACAGAUAAGUUGAAUAUCUGAAAACCUGGUGAUUCAAAAUUGCUGCAAAUAAAGCAGCAUACCCAAAGAUCAUCACCUUUUUGAAAUUGAAGAAAUGCACGGUAGAUUCAAUUGGCGACAGUUUCAUAGUGGCUGCAUUCUCACGCAGAAAAUCCAACAAAAACUCAUCACCAGUCCCCUAUCAAUAAAGAGCAGAAAUCCAAUCCCAAACUCAUAUCCGUCAAAGAAAGAAUUAAGCCGAAAACAGAAAUCUUCUAAGGAUGGAGUAGAAACCACAGGCUCUGAUAUUGUGAACUGGAAUAUGGCUAUUACAUCCCACAUGCGCAAUGGCCAAUGUGAAUCCGCCCUUCGAGUAUUCAACUCCAUGCCCUCUCGAAGUACGGUCUCAUAUAAUGCAGUGAUUUCUGGUUACUUAAUGAAUGGCAAGUUUGAUCUAGCAAGAGAAAUGUUUGAUAAAAUGCCUGACAGAGAUUUAUUUUCUUGGAAUGUGAUGCUCAGUGGAUGUGUGAGGAAUAAAAAUCUUGCUGCUGCUCGUGCACUGUUUGAGAAAAUGCCCAAAAGGGAUGUUGUCUCUUGGAAUGCAAUGCUAUCUGGAUAUGCACAGAAUGGGUUUGUUGAUGAGGCAAGAGAAAUUUUUGAUAAGAUGCCGUAUAAGAAUGCGAUUUCAUGGAAUGGUUUGCUGGCAGCAUAUGUGCACAAUGGGAGGAUAGAUGAUGCAAGGAGGUUAUUUGAAUCAAAAUUGGACUGGGAUAUUGUUUCUUGGAAUUGUUUAAUGGGUGGAUUUUUGAGGAGGAAGAGAUUAGCUGAUGCGAGGAGGCUUUUUGAUAAGAUCCCUGUGAAAGAUGAGGUUUCGUGGAAUACUAUGAUUACAGGUUAUGCACAGAAUGGGGAGCUAGAAGAAGCAGAGAGAUUGUUUGAGGAGGCUCCUACUAGGGAUGUGUUUACAUGGACAGCAAUGGUGUCUGGAUUCGUGCAAAAUGGGAUGUUGGAUAAAGCAAAAAGCAUUUUUGAAAGGAUGCCUGAGAAGAAUUCAAUUUCAUGGAAUUCAAUGAUUGCAGGGUAUGUACAAUGUAAGAUGUUGGACCUGGCAAAGGAACUGUUCGAGGCAAUGCCUUGUAGAAAUAUUAGUUCUUGGAAUACAAUGAUCACAGGAUACUCCCAGAGUGGGGAUGUUGCCCGUGCAAGGGAUUUGUUUGAUAGGAUGCCUCAGCGUGAUUUCAUCUCUUGGUCAGCUAUGAUUGCUGGCUAUGUUCAAAAUGGCUAUAGUGAAGAGGCUGCACAUCUUUUUGUAGAAAUGAGAAGAGAUGGAGAAAGGUUGAACAGGUCCUCGUUUACCUGUGCUUUAACUGCAUGUGCCAAUAUUGCAGCUUUGGAGUUGGGGAAGCAAUUGCACGGUUGGCUAGUCAAGUCUGGAUACCAGACUGGAUGUUUUGUGGGGAAUGCUCUUCUUGCAAUGUAUUGCAAGUGUGGAAGCAUAGAUGAAGCACAUGAUGCAUUCCAAGAAAUAUCAGAUAAGGAUUUAAUCUCAUGGAAUACAAUGAUUUAUGGUUAUGCAAGGCAUGGAUUUGGUAGAGAAGCGCUGAUGGUUUUUGAGUCGAUGAAGACAAUGGGUCUCAAGCCUGAUGGUGCAACUAUGGUUGGUGUGUUGUCUGCCUGUGGUCACACUGGCUUAGUGGAGAAGGGCACUGAAUACUUUUACUCUAUGAGUCAAGAAUAUGGUAUCACAGCAAAUUCAGUACAUUACACUUGCAUGGUUGAUCUCUUAGGUCGAGCUGGGCGCUUGGAUGAGGCGCAAAAUUUGAUGAGAAACAUGCCUUUUGAACCAGAUGCUGCAACAUGGGGUGCGUUACUUGGUGCAAGCAGGAUCCAUGGCAAUACUGAAUUAGGGGAAAAGGCUGCUGAGAUAAUUUUCAAGAUGGAGCCUGAUAAUUCAGGGAUGUAUGUUCUUCUCUCAAAUUUAUAUGCAGCUUCAGGAAGAUGGCCUGAUGUUAGUAAGAUGAGAGUGAAAAUGAGGGAUAAAGGCGUGAAGAAGGUACCUGGGUAUAGUUGGCUCGAAGUGCAAAAUAAAAUCCAUACAUUUACAGUUGGGGAUUGUCUUCACCCAGAGAGGGAUAAAAUAUAUGAAUUUCUAGAAGAGAUGUACUUGAAAAUGAAACGUGAAGGAUAUUUAUCCUCUAUAAAAAUGGUUUUACAUGAUGUGGAAGAGGAGGAAAAGGAGCAGAUGCUCAAGUAUCACAGUGAGAAAUUGGCUGUGGCAUAUGGGGUUCUUUCCAUACCUACUGGAAGGCCUAUUCGUGUGAUAAAAAAUUUGCGGGUUUGUGAAGACUGUCACAAUGCCAUCAAAUAUAUAUCCAAGAUCACAGGAAGGUCGAUCAUCUUAAGAGAUAAUAAUCGCUUUCACCACUUCAAAGAAGGUUCAUGUUCUUGUGGGGAUUAUUGGUGAAACUGGAAAGAUAUUUAGGAUCCUUGAUGCAUUUGGAUGUACCCUCUAUACCUGUCAAGUUUAGGCAGUUUCUCUGUUCAACCAGUUAAUUGUUGUCAACUCUUGCAAUGAAAGAAUAGAAUUCAGCAUUGCUGCUUCAUAAUAGAGGAAAACCUUCUGCAACUGAGCCCUGGAAGUGGAGUGAUUGGUACAAUAUCUCUAGGGUAUCUUGGCAGUGGACAUCUCACAUCUGAAACAAAAUGUAGUCAAGAAUAUCUUCCAUCUCAUCUGGAACAAAAUGUCCAUCAAGUGUGAUAUGGUGGGAAAGAUAGAGGGCAAUAGAAAUCGAGUGAAAACAAAACGAACUGAUUACAUUGAAGACUGAAGAGCUAUUGCAUUUCCACAGGCGUAUCUAUAUUCCAUAUAAUAAAUUUUGUAGGUCCUGGCUUUCUGAAGCUGUCAUUAUGGCAUGCAGGAAAGAAGUCCAUGCAAAGGCUACUCUGUCCAAAUCCUCUUCCUGGGAGCAUGGAAUUGAUGCCUUUUUUAUGCUUCCUAGUGAUAAUAAGUGGAUGCAAAUGCUUGGCUUCACUACCUUAUCAGGAUGUUUCGACUGUGGCUGAAGUCCUAAGGAAUCUUGCAGCAGUCCAAGAUGGAUAUGAUAUCAUUACAUGGUCACUGCCACUGGAAGAACAAUCUAAAAAGAGCCUUCAUGUUCCUGUAGGUCCUAGAAACCUCUCCCACUGAUUACAUGCUUCUCUCUCCAACUUUCCCAGGAAACAUUGUGCUUGUACCGGAUGUUCUGCAUCGUCUCACCUGUUACUCUGACCAUCCCUGUUUAUGUGCUCAUAUAAGCUGCCUCAUUAUGGUCAAUACUUACUGAUAGAUUCGAAUUUAGUAUUUCAUAUUUUUCUAUCUAAACCUUUUUAGUUAAUAAGAUAUCAGAGUGUUCAACUUUUUUUUA